AUGGGGACGGACAGCGGCAGAGCCAGGAUCCUCCUGGACCACGCGGCCACCCUCAACCUGCAGACGGGCAACCUGCUCAACUGGGGCCGGCUGCGCAAGAAGUGCCCGUCCACCCCCAGCGAGGAGCUACGCGACUGCAUUCAAAAAACGCUGAAUGAAUGGAGCUCAAAGAUCAGCCUCGAUCUAAACCAGGAAAUGCCAGAUGUCCUGGAAUGUAAUGUAGAUCAGGCAAUGGAAAAGAUAAAUCCUGAAGAAAGGGAAGAAUUGAAAGUGUCAGCAAAACUGUUCAUCGCAGGAUCAAACUCUUCUUCAAUCAGAGAUGCAGUUGAUAUGGCAUGUUCUGCCCUGGGGGUUGCCCACUUAGAUUCUGUGAUCAUUGCUCCACCUCCUAUUGAAGAUGGAAUUAAUCUUUCUUUGGAGUAUUUAAAGCCUUACUGGGGAGAACUUGAGAACUUAGUUCAACACGAAAAGAUUGUUGCCAUAGGUACCUCUGAUCUAGAUAAAACACAGUUAGAGCAACUGUACCUGUGGUCACAGGUGAAACCACAUAGUAACCAGGUAAAUUUAGCUUCCUGUUGUGUGAUGCCACCUGACCUCACAGCAUUUGCAAAACAAUUUGACAUCCAGCUGUUGACUCAUAACGAUCCAAAAGAACUGCUUUGUGAGGCAAGUUUCCAAGAAGCUCUUCAGGAAAGUAUCCGGAACAGUCGAGCACAUGAAUGGACUCCCUUGUGGCUUCUCCGGUAUUCAGUCAUUGUUCAAACCAGAGGAAUUAUCAAAUCGAAAGGCUAUAUCUUGCAAGCGAAAAGAAAUGUCUCUUAA